GACUCACAGCACAAUGGCCAUUCUGUUCCAGAUCACUGGACUCGUCCUUUUCCUUUACCUCCAGGUCCGGGCUGAUAUCCCUGCCCAGAAGGACUUUAAGGCUGAUAAGUUUUCUGGGCAAUGGUACAGCGUCGGAGCAGGGUCCAACUGCACAGAAUUCCUGAAAAUGAAAGACUCCAUGACACGUCCAAUUAUUUUAUUCGAGAAUGAACCAGACAAAAGCUUAAAGUGCAGCAUCGCAUAUAUGACGCCCAAAGGAUGCCAAGGAAUAACUUUCAACUAUAAAUUUGUUUCCGAAGGCCAUUACACAUACACAGAUCCUCGGGGUAAUACAGCUGUUACUUUUGUUGGGACGGACUACACGUCAUUUGCUUUGGAGUUUGCAGUUACCAUCACAAAGAAGGGACAGAAAAUAAUCAUGGUCAAGUUAUACGGGAGAAAGAAGAGCUUGCCUAAAGACGUACAGGAUCACUUUGAAAAAUUUGUCUUUGGCUUUGGUUUGAACAAAGACCAUUUGGUUUAUUUCCCUGAUGCAGAGGAAUGUGUUCCGGGUACAUUUUAGGAAAGGUCGAGCCAGGAGACACCCCUCGCCCCGUGGCACCCAUUCCAAGCCCUUUCAUGUUUCCUGUUUUAUCUCUGUUGCCUUCCUUGGAUAUUAUAAGAAAAAUAAACCCCCACCAGAAACGCAAA